GUCCGGAAGGAGGCCAUCGGGGCCGAAGCUGUCGCUAUGGCUGUGGCCGUGGCCACCGCGGGAAUGCUGAUGGCCUCGGAGCCAGGCCCUGCGGAGGAGCUCGCCAAACUCGAAUAUUUGUCUUUGGUAUCGAAGGUUUGCACGGAACUGGACAAUCACUUAGGGAUCAACGACAAGGAUCUAGCUGAAUUUGUGAUCAGUCUUGCUGAGAAAAAUACCACUUUUGAUACAUUUAAGUCUUCCCUUGUCAAAAAUGGAGCAGAAUUCACAGAUUCUCUUAUUAGUAAUCUACUUCGACUCAUACAAACCAUGCGCCCUCCAGCAAAGCCUUCUACUAGCAAAGAUCCAGUUAAACCCAAAACAGAAAAAGAAAAGCUGAAAGAACUCUUCCCGGUCCUUUGCCAGCCAGACAAUCCAUCUGUUCGGACCAUGCUGGAUGAAGAUGAUGUGAAGGUUGCCGUGGAUGUCUUAAAGGAACUGGAAGCCUUAAUGCCCAGUGCAGCAGGCCAAGAGAAGCAGAGAGACACGGAACACCGGGACAGGACAAAGAAAAAGAAGCGGAGUCGGAGUCGAGAUCGAGAACGUGACCGAGACCGAGAGCGAGAUCGAGACAGAGACAGAGAGCGAGACAGAGACCACAAGCGGAGAUACCGAUCCCGCUCUCGAUCACAUUCCAGGACCCGAGAGAGAAAUAAAGGGAAGUCUAGAUAUCGGUCCAGGAGCAAGAGUCACAGCCCCCUCAAAGACCGAAAGGACCGGGAUAAGUAUGGAGAGAGAAAUCUGGACAGAUGGCGGGAUAAGCAUGUGGACCGCCCUCCCCCUGAGGAGCCUGCCAUCGGGGACAUUUACAAUGGCAAAGUUACCAGCAUCAUGCAGUUUGGAUGCUUUGUACAGCUGGAGGGAUUAAGGAAGCGGUGGGAAGGCCUGGUGCAUAUCUCUGAGCUUCGGCGGGAAGGCCGUGUGGCCAAUGUUGCUGAUGUGGUGAGCAAAGGCCAGAGAGUCAAAGUCAAAGUGCUGUCCUUCACUGGGACCAAGACCAGCUUGAGCAUGAAGGAUGUAGAUCAAGAGACGGGAGAAGAUCUAAACCCAAAUCGACGGCGAAAUUUGGUUGGGGAGACCAAUGAGGAGACUUCAAUGCGGAAUCCGGACAGACCCACUCACCUCUCCCUUGUCAGUGCCCCCGAAGUAGAGGAUGACUCUCUGGAGCGCAAGCGCCUCACCCGCAUCUCUGACCCAGAGAAGUGGGAGAUCAAACAGAUGAUUGCUGCUAAUGUCCUUUCCAAAGAAGAGUUUCCAGACUUUGAUGAAGAGACUGGCAUCCUUCCUAAGGUGGAUGAUGAUGAAGAUGAGGACCUUGAGAUUGAACUGGUUGAGGAAGAGCCUCCAUUCCUGAGAGGUCACACCAAGCAAAGCAUGGACAUGAGCCCCAUCAAAAUUGUUAAGAACCCAGAUGGUUCCCUCUCCCAGGCUGCCAUGAUGCAGAGUGCUUUGGCCAAGGAAAGGCGGGAACUCAAGCAAGCCCAGCGGGAAGCGGAGAUGGAUUCUAUUCCCAUGGGACUCAACAAACACUGGGUUGAUCCUUUGCCUGAUGCGGAAGGCAGGCAGAUUGCUGCCAACAUGAGGGGCAUUGGAAUGAUGCCCAAUGACAUUCCCGAGUGGAAGAAGCAUGCCUUUGGAGGCAACAAAGCUUCUUAUGGGAAAAAGACCCAGAUGUCCAUCCUCGAGCAGAGGGAGAGCCUGCCCAUCUAUAAACUGAAAGAGCAGCUGGUCCAGGCUGUUCAUGACAAUCAGAUCCUAAUUGUUAUUGGAGAGACAGGAUCUGGGAAGACAACGCAGAUUACCCAGUACCUAGCAGAGGCAGGCUACACUUCCAGAGGCAAGAUUGGGUGUACACAGCCAAGAAGAGUGGCAGCCAUGUCCGUGGCCAAAAGAGUAUCAGAGGAAUUUGGUUGUUGUUUAGGUCAAGAGGUGGGCUAUACAAUUCGAUUUGAGGACUGCACCAGUCCCGAGACAGUCAUCAAGUACAUGACAGAUGGCAUGUUGCUCAGGGAAUGCCUGAUUGACCCUGACCUCACUCAGUACGCCAUCAUCAUGUUGGACGAGGCCCAUGAAAGAACAAUUCACACAGACGUGCUUUUUGGGUUGCUGAAAAAGACAGUUCAGAAACGGCAGGACAUGAAGCUGAUUGUCACUUCAGCUACCUUGGAUGCAGUGAAGUUUUCUCAGUACUUCUAUGAAGCACCUAUCUUCACCAUCCCAGGCCGAACUUACCCAGUGGAAAUACUGUACACAAAGGAACCUGAGACAGAUUACCUGGAUGCCAGCCUCAUUACUGUCAUGCAGAUCCACUUAACUGAGCCACCAGGUGAUAUCUUGGUCUUCCUGACUGGUCAGGAAGAGAUUGAUACUGCUUGUGAGAUCCUAUAUGAAAGAAUGAAAUCCUUGGGACCUGAUGUUCCAGAGUUAAUUAUCCUUCCAGUGUAUUCUGCUCUUCCCAGUGAGAUGCAGACCCGGAUCUUUGACCCAGCUCCUCCUGGCAGCAGAAAGGUCGUGAUUGCCACCAACAUUGCAGAAACAUCACUGACUAUCGAUGGCAUCUACUAUGUGGUGGACCCUGGGUUUGUGAAGCAGAAAGUUUACAAUUCUAAGACAGGGAUUGACCAGUUGGUGGUGACACCUAUUUCUCAGGCUCAGGCUAAGCAACGAGCUGGCAGAGCUGGGAGAACAGGCCCAGGGAAGUGUUACAGGCUGUACACAGAACGUGCCUACCGAGAUGAAAUGCUGACCACCAACGUGCCAGAAAUUCAGAGAACCAACUUGGCAAGCACCGUACUGUCCCUCAAGGCCAUGGGCAUUAAUGACCUGCUGUCCUUUGACUUUAUGGAUGCCCCACCAAUGGAAACUCUGAUCACAGCCAUGGAGCAGCUAUAUACACUGGGGGCCCUGGAUGAUGAGGGCCUGCUUACUCGCCUGGGUCGCAGGAUGGCAGAGUUCCCUCUAGAACCAAUGCUGUGCAAAAUGCUCAUCAUGUCUGUGCAUCUAGGCUGCAGUGAAGAAAUGCUGACCAUUGUGUCCAUGCUGUCAGUGCAGAAUGUCUUUUACAGGCCCAAGGAUAAGCAAGCCCUCGCAGAUCAGAAGAAGGCCAAAUUCCACCAGACUGAAGGGGACCAUCUCACCCUUCUGGCUGUGUACAACUCCUGGAAAAACAACAAGUUCUCCAACCCAUGGUGCUACGAGAACUUUAUCCAGGCCCGUUCCCUGCGCCGGGCCCAGGACAUCCGUAAGCAGAUGUUAGGCAUAAUGGACAGACACAAGCUGGAUGUGGUGUCCUGUGGCAAGUCCACAGUCCGAGUGCAGAAGGCCAUCUGCAGUGGGUUCUUCCGUAAUGCUGCCAAGAAAGACCCGCAGGAGGGCUAUAGGACCCUGAUCGACCAGCAGGUGGUUUACAUCCACCCUUCCAGUGCGCUCUUCAACAGACAGCCAGAAUGGGUGGUGUAUCAUGAACUGGUGCUGACCACAAAGGAGUACAUGCGUGAAGUCACCACCAUUGACCCCCGGUGGCUCGUGGAGUUUGCCCCAGCCUUCUUCAAGGUCUCUGAUCCAACCAAGCUAAGCAAGCAGAAGAAGCAGCAGAGACUCGAACCCCUAUACAACCGCUACGAGGAGCCAAAUGCCUGGAGAAUAUCCCGGGCCUUCCGGCGACGCUGAGAGGCAAGCUUGUCCACUUGCCCAUCCUGCAACAUGGCCAGGGCUUAGCCUUCCUCUUGCUGAUGAGAAGCUGAUAUGGAACAUACAGCUGUCUUGUGACUAUAUGUCUUAAUGGCAAUUUCUUACACGUGACUCUUCUUCUCUGGUGUAAGCCUGGCUUUGACCAUAGCCACCAACCCACCCAAGUUUUGGGGCUACUUGGGUCUCACAGCCAGCCUGGGGACACAUUACAUCAUCCUCAAGAAAGGGGCAGCUUGUGCAUCCUUGGGAUAGAAAAGGGGAGUAAGCAAGUGUGUUACACAUGACAGACCAACGAGAACCCUGAUGUCUCCCGGUUGGUGCUCCCUGGAGGAGAGAACCACAGUGCUUGUUCCAGUGGGGGCUCAUUUCCUGCCCAUCAUUUCCUGUCCAUCCUUUAGCUUGACCUAGAAUUACUUAUUUUUUCAAGGAAACAAGAAUGUGAUUCUUUCUGUUUCUUUUUGCUGAAAGGUUAGCAUCUCAGCUUGGAAUCGGGGUAAAGACAAACCCCUGAAACCAGAGUCUAACCCUUGGGUUUUGACAUGAUGCCCAGCGUAGACCUUUCAGCCCUGGAGGAGCAAGCCCAGCCCUGCCAGUCGAUGUGCCACAGAGUUUCAGUCUGGCACCUGAUAGUUUAGAUGCCACGUGUGAACACAGAGGAUCUCCCCUCCCCUCUCUCCAUGUAUAUUGUGCCUCAUUCUUUUGGAAACAUCCAGUGAAUACACCCUGCAUUGUUUUUGAAUAUUUUUUUCCCCUUGACAUCCUCAGUGGACUUAAUUAAGGGGGUUUUAGAGUCGAAGUCUCCCCUUCCUUCCCCUCCCCUACCCCAAGAGAAAAACAGCCGAUUUGUGUUCUGGGGCUGUUCUUAGUGGGUUUUAGUUUGUUUUUUGUUGUUGUUGUUGUUUUUGUUUUGUUUUUUGUUUGUUUUCCCCUAGCAUUUAGUUGGGAAAUGACCACCUCCUAGUGUUCCCCUGCAAAGCACGUGAAGAGGCCCAGCAGGUCCUGCUGGGUAAGACUUUUGAAGUCCCUGAAAGAUUGGGCACCCACUGCUUACCCCUGUAUGUUAGUAAACUCUGAAAUUGCGUAAAUACUAGACUUGUAUGCCAGAGACUGCAUGACAUUCUAGAGUAUAAAGAAAUGUGUGUGGUCCCUGGCAGCAGAGAAAGCACCCUAAAGACACAGUUCAGAGACUCCAAGAGAGAGAAUGUAGGCCAGGGAGCGUGCUGACUGCAGAUCCCUGGCCCUUCAUUAAGCUGAGUGAGCGCCUCUCCAUUCUGUUAGAGUGAGCUCCUCAGUGAGCCCAGGCCAGCAAUGAAGGGCCAGUGUGUCGGCAUCCUGGAAGGCCUUGUGAAGAGACGGUGCAGGGACUGCCAGAUGAAACUGAACAAGGCCCAGCACCCCAUUCCCGUUUUUAUUAGAGCCUGGAUCUCCCUGAUCUGGAGCAGCCCCUGGCUGCGGUGGCCAGACCUGUCCCAGCUGUGCUCAGCACUGACACUCUUGGUACCUAAGAAGAUGACGCUGGGUUUUUAGGUUGAAAGAGGCUGUUUAGUAGGCCAGAGGGACAGCAGGGCAGCUUAUCCUUCUGCUGGAGGUAGGUAAGAUCCCCACUGUGUGGGUGUUUCUUGACCACAUUUAUCACCAAGUUGGGGUCCCUUCUCUGUGAUCACAAUGUGCUUUUGUCCUCAGAAUAGCCAUGUUGACAGCAGAGUGGAGGCUGCUCUCACAUAGUGGAACCAGUUCUUCACAUGACUGACAGCCCAGGAAGAUGUGGGGUAUCUGUGCACACACACAACAGGAGUCUUCUAGCCAUUACAAUAUAGUUUCCCCUAAUUUAGCAGGAUCCUAGUUUAGGAUGCUGUUUGCUGCCUUGAACAUGUGCAGCAUCUCUGUGCACAUAUGCCACUCCCAUAAGAGCCUGCUCUGCAGGCUCUUACGCCCACUGGAGCACCUCCUUUGGCCAGUUUCCUCUGGCUGGUGGCUGUUCUUUCUAGCAGAGCAGUGUUCCUCCAUGUUUGAGGAUUUGAGCAGAGCUCUGAGUUGCAGUUUAAGGAACAGAUGAGAACAGGGAGCAAAUGGCUUAGCCUGUGGAGAGCUUUUUUAAUGGACUCUUGCACCAGACCUUGAAUUUCCACACAUUUUGUACCUUCUUCCCAACAUGAUAACCUGGCUUUAUUACAGAAUUAAAUUAUAUCUAUUUUUUAAAACAUGUUU